AUGCUGCGCGCCGCUCUGCGUGGCGACGAGGUCGAGAGUGUCGCCAAGGAGAGCGGCGCCAAGGGGCCGAGGAAGGGGGAGGAGGGGCGCGGGGACGGCGGCGCCGCUAGCGACGUGUCGCGCCGACUCGCGGUGCAAGCGCUGACGGCGCUGCUGACGAACGGCCAGCUCCGGUUCGAGCUCAUCGACGCGGCGGCCUUCCUCCGCGCCGCGGGCGCGCCUUGCGCCCACGUGAGCUUGCGCUCUCCGCCGGCGACGCUGCCGUCAGCCGCCACGUUUGGCGCCGCCUGCUUCCUGGCGUCCUCGCGCAAAGUGAAACGCGGCGCGCUCGUGCACACGGCGGCGCCGCUCUACUUCUCCGCUCCGAUGGGCCUCGAUUGCGCGCGGCACGCGCGGCGGCUGCUCGAGGAGACUGCGGCGCACAAGCGCUCUCUCGUGCGGUACGGCGCAUACGCGCUGUCGGACGUGGUGGCGCUGCUCCGCUACCGGCCACUCGGCGCGGCGGCUCAGGCCGAGCUGAUGCCGGGCGUGUACUCGCUGAUCGGCAUGUGCACGCAGGUGGAGCUGCAGGAGCUGCACGCCAACUCGGACCCCGUCGGGAAGCGCAUCCUGGCCGACCUGCUCGAGGGGUACCAGACGUCGCACAAGUACCGCGGGUGA